GAUUUUAUUAAUUUCCUCAAUGGCUAACCUUGCGUCUAACCUUCACCCAUGGUGGCUGCUGCCUGUUUCCUUCUUGUUAGUCUCAAAUAUUCACCACUGUGUCAAUGCAGAACCUCAGGUUCCCUGCUACUUCAUAUUUGGGGAUUCCUUAUCGGAUAGUGGAAACAAUAACAACCUCGCAACGACGGCCAAAGUAAAUUAUUCGCCCUACGGGAUUGAUUUUCCUAAAGGACCCACCGGAAGGUUUACUAAUGGCCGAACCAUGCAGGAUAUCAUUGUUCAACUACUGGGUUUUCAAGAAUUUAUUCCUCCUUUUGCUACUUCAAAAGGCCGACAGAUUCUCAAAGGUGUAAAUUAUGCAUCUGGCUCGUCAGGAAUUCUCAAUGAAAGUGGACAACAACUGGGCGAUCGAGUAUGCAUGAACAAGCAGCUAAGCAAUCACCAAAGUGUAAUAUCAACAAUUGCUAAAUUGUUGGGAAAACGUUCAGCUUCAAAGCUUCUAAGGAAGUGCAUAUAUGCUGUUCAAAUCGGCAGCAAUGACUACAUCAACAACUAUUUCAAGCCAGAGGUGUACAAUACCAGCCGCCUAUUCUCUCCAGAGCAAUAUGCUGCAUAUCUCAUUGAACAAUAUUCACGUCAAUUAAAGACUCUGUACAAUAACGGAGCAAGGAAGCUUGCGGUGUUUGGAGUUGGUUCCAUAGGGUGCACUCCAAAUGCGAUGGUAAUACAUGGAACAGAUAGUUCUACCUGCGUGGAAAAAUUGAACAAUGCUGCUCAACUUUUCAAUGAGAGGCUUAUAUCGCUAGUUGAUGAACUGAAUACCAACUUACGCGACGCUAAAUUUACAUAUCUAAAUCCUACAGGAGCAACCUCUACAAAAGCCCUCGGUUUUACAGUGAUAAAUGCUGGGUGCUGCAGAAUAGGGAGUGAUGGAGAGCUUUGCCUCCCGGGUUCAGAGCCAUGUGGUGACCGAAGUAAGUAUGUGUUUUGGGACGCAGUCCACACUUCGGAUGCAUGGAAUGAGAUCAUCGCAGAGGAGGCUUAUGGUGCUGAAUCUAGUGGCCAAGCUUAUCCCCUUAAUAUUAACAAAAUGGCACAACUGCAUAUCAACAACGAUGCCGAUGAAGAUAUUUGUGGCCACUGUGUAAUCUGAUUCACUCUAUUUUAUUAGUUUGAAUCAUUGUAAUGUGUUUAGCCCCUCGUCUUAAAAUUAAAUAAAUGAACUGUUUAGUUCUGGCAGGGAAGAGAA